UCUUCCGCUGUUGCGGAACUACACACAUCGAAGCACUGCUUUCAACAUUAUAUAAUAGUCCGUGCGCCAAAUUAAUCCGGUUGCCCACUUACAUUUUUGACCCUUUAUCGAUCAUACGGAAUCAAACUUUUCCACUCUGAAAUCUUUUUCAAAGCAGCAAAGAGAUCUGCUCCCGUGUUGGGGUUUCAGUUCGGCCCCUAAACCACUUAUUUAUGCUCCCGUUGUGUAUGUGUGUGUGUGUGUGUGUGAGUGAGUGUGUAUGUGUAGCGGAUGACUACAUAAUGUAUCAGUGAUGUUGUGAGUCCCGUGCCAGAACCUCCCGGACUUUAUUUACCUCAAACACCACCAACAUUAUUAUUGUUGUUGUUGUUACAGUUGUUGUUGUUAUUGUGGUGGUCGUUGUUGGAGCGAUCAACACAUUAAAGCCACAGGCUCACCUCACUACAUCUCCACACACACACAGCUCUGUGUGUGUGUGUGUGUAUGUUUCUACCAAGGACUCUUACCGCCUCAACCACCACCAAUUCUACCAUCACCACCACCACGGCUCGCUGAUCGAUUCCCUUGGAACAUCGACCCCCCUUUUUUUUUUUGACCUGUUUUGGUCUCUUUAUCUGACCCCUUACUUCUGGCUAUUUUACACGGGACCACCAGCAGGCGCCGGCCAUGGGCAAUGCAGCGACGGCAAAGAAAGGGGAUCCAGCCGAAAACGUUAAGGAAUUUCUGGCCAAAGCCAAGGAGGAAUUUCAGCAGAAAUGGGAUCACCCGUCACAUUUCCCUUACAAACUUUCAAAAGGCAAAAGACCCAAUUUUCAGAACACAGCCUGUCUCGAUGACUUUGACAGAAUCAAAACCCUGGGCACUGGAUCAUUUGGCCGUGUGAUGUUGGUCCAACACAAGGCCAACAAGGAAUACUAUGCCAUGAAGAUACUGGACAAACAAAAGGUUGUUAAACUGAAGCAAGUUGAACACACAUUAAAUGAAAAACGAAUCUUGCAAGCAGUUUCUUUUCCCUUUCUCGUCAGUCUUGAAUAUCAUUAUAAGGACAAUUCCAAUCUUUAUAUGGUUCUAGAGUUUGUGACUGGCGGAGAGAUGUUUUCUCACCUGAGACGGAUAGGAAGGUUUAGUGAACCUCACUCCAGAUUUUAUGCGGCUCAAAUCGUGUUGGCAUUUGAGUAUCUGCACUACUUGGAUAUCAUUUACAGAGAUUUAAAACCUGAGAAUUUGCUUAUUGAUUCAUCUGGUUACUUGAAAGUAACAGAUUUUGGUUUUGCCAAACGAGUUAAAGGAAGAACAUGGACCUUAUGUGGAACUCCGGAGUAUUUGGCCCCUGAAAUUAUUCUCAGCAAGGGUUACAACAAGGCUGUCGACUGGUGGGCCCUCGGAGUACUAGUCUAUGAAAUGGCAGCAGGAUAUCCUCCAUUCUUUGCUGAUCAACCUAUACAGAUUUAUGAAAAAAUUGUUUCUGGCAAGGUACGAUUCCCGUCGCACUUCAGCUCUGACCUAAAGGAUUUGCUGCGGAACUUGCUGCAGGUGGAUCUCACCAAACGGUACGGCAACUUAAAGAAUGGCGUCAACGACAUCAAGAACCAUAAAUGGUUUGCCACCACAGAAUGGAUUGCCAUCUACCAGAAGAAGGUCGAAGCUCCUUUUAUUCCAAAAUGCAAAGGCCCAGGGGAUGCAAGUAACUUUGAUGAUUACGAGGAAGUGCCAUUAAGGAUCUCCUCUACAGAGAAGUGUGCGAAAGAGUUUGCUGACUUUUAAACAAAAAAAAAAGAGAGACAAAAAAAAAUACACAAAAAACAGUAAAACAUGGACACAAAAAUA